AUGGUGUGGGCAGCGCCAGCGCUGGCAGCCACCACCCUCUGCCUCCGUGUCUGCACAGACCCGGUGAAAGCCACAGCGGCUGCUCUGAUCCUUGGAGCCGUCCUGGCCGGCGCUGAGCAUCCCCGGGGAGUUUUCCUGCCUCCCCUCGCGUCCAGCCCGGUGUGUGCCCUGGAGCCGGGCUCCAUCCCCGCCGCGGAUCCCGGGAUCACCCUGGGCAAGCUGAAGCUGUGCCCGGCGCUGGCGGGGGCACAGCGGGGACCCCUCAAUGCCCUGCUCCUGUCUGGGGGCACAGGGCACGGGCAUCCCUCCAGCUGGGACUCGCACACCCUGCGGGAUUUGGGGCCGCUCCUGCUGGCCUUGAACCAGAGCACGCUGGGUUUGGUGGCCGAGGUAAGGUCCCGCCUCGGGGGGGGGGACAUGAGCAGCAGGCAGGUCAGCUCCGAGCCUGGGGGACCCAGGAUCCUGUCCCCCUCUGCAGCUCGGGAGGAUUUCAGGAGGAGCAUCGCUGCCGCCUACAUCAGCCAGGGCCAUUCCCAGCGGGAGAAUUCCCUGCUCUUGCUCCGGGCGCUCGCAGCCUCUGCCUCCCCCCGUGCCAGGCUGAGGCGCAGCUCAGCCCGCUGCCAGUCCAAGCCCAUCACCGCCAGCAACAUCGCCGACACUGUCCCCUUCCUGUCCCCCGAGGAGCUCGACCUGUGCCUGAGCAGGGAUGUGUUAAUAAAGAACCUGGAGGCUGUGCUGGAGCUGCCCCUCACCUCCGAGGCUAUGUGGGUCCUGAAAAAGAAGGUGGAUGAGGUGAGGGGUGACACUGGGCAGGAGCGGGGUCAGGACACACUGUGGGAGCAGGGAUCGGUGGACAAGGGGAUGAGGGUGCCCGAGGGGUCCUUUUUUUCCCUGUCGGAGGAGCAGCUGAGGCGCCUGGGGCCGCUGUCCUGCCUGUACACGGAGCAGGAGAUCAGCCAGUGGCGGGUGACAACCAGUGACACCCUCCUAGCCCUGCUCAGCCCCUCGGGAGGACAGUGUGGUGAUGCCUGGGAGCAGCAGCUGCUCAGCAGCUCCUUGACGGGGCCCCUGCUCCAGGAAAUGGGGGGCGAGCAGCUGUGCAAGCUGCAGGAGGAGCAGAUCCAGCAGAUCCCCGCUGCAGCCAUCGGGACUGCGGGGCUGUUAAACAUCUCCUCGUGCUCCCAAACCAAGAAGGAGCAGCUCUACGGGAAGGCCCGGGAGGCCUUUGCCAGCCUGGCCAGCAGCCCUGGCUGCUAUUACUGCGCCCUCCGGCCCUACCUGGGUGGAGCUCCAGCAGAGGAUCUGAAGGACUUGGCUGAUGCUGGGGACAUAAACAUGGAUCUGGACACCUUCCUCACCCUCAAUCCCCAGGAAUUCCAGAAACUCAGCGUCACUGACGUGAAGAACCUGCUGGGGAAGAACCUCGCUGAGCUGAAGAGAGCUGAGAACGAGCCCUGGGUGCAGAGCUGGGUGCAGAGGCAGCCGCAGUGGGAGCUGGACUGUGUGCUGGGCAUCGACCUGCAGGGAGGGCUGCCCGCGCCCACGGGGACAGCCAGCCCUGCUGGGGCCACCACCCUGGCCAGUGUCACCUCCAGGGUCACUGUCACCACCCCUGUGCCCACCAUCCCGGUCGGUGUCACCUCCCCUGUGCCCACCACCCUGGCCAGUGUCACCUCCCCUGUGCCCACCACCCUGGCCACUGUCACCUCCAGGGUCACUGUCACCUCCCCUGUGUCCACCACCCCGGCCAGUGUCACCUCCAGGGUCACUGCCACCACCCCUGUGCCCACAACCCCAGCCACUGUCACUGUCACCACCCCUGUGCCCACCACCCCGGCCAGUGCCACCUCCACCGGCACUGUCCCCACCUCCCCGCACCCUGCCACCUCAGCCAAUGUCACCCCUGUGUCCACCACCUCAGUCAAUGUCACCUCCAUGGCCACCAACCCUGUCCCCACCACCCUCCCCACUGUCCCCACCACCCCAUCCAGUGUCACCUCCACGGGCACUGUCCCCACCUCUCCUCACCCCUCGCCCAGUGUCACUGUCACCACCUCCACUGCCAGCAGCAGCCACUCGACCCCUCAGCCGAGCACGUGCCACCCCCAGUGCCCGUCCCACUGUGACCACCGCAGCCCCCUGCUCCACCCACCAGGCUGCCACCACACACAGAGCCACCUCCCCCGCUCCGCUCCGGGCCCCGCCGGCACCGAACCGAGCCCCGGGGGCACCGAACCGAGCCCCGGGGGCACCGAACCGAGCCCCGGGGGCGGCCCGGAGCCACCGGCAUCCAACGGGAACAUCAACCUGCGGCCCCCCGAGCACGGUGAGCGGCGGCUGCGGGACCGGGAGAGCCUCGGGAGGGACGGGGAGGGAUCAGGAUCCAGGCUCUCCUCCUGCCUCCUGCCCGUGCUGGCAGCCGCCCUGGGGACCCUCCUGCUGCAGGGGCUGCCCUGA